GGGCGGCAGGGCGGGCGCGCGGCCCGGCGGCGGCGUCGUGCGGUGACGGUGCGGCGGUCGGGUACACGGUCGGUCGGCGGCGGAGGAGGAGGAGGAGGAGGGAUGGACACGCUGGGGAGGAAGGUGGUGGUGUGCGACAACGGCACCGGGUUUGUGAAAUGUGGCUAUGCAGGCUCCAAUUUUCCGGAGCACAUAUUUCCAGCCUUGGUUGGAAGACCUAUUAUAAGAUCAACUGCUAAAGUGGGAAACAUCGAAAUCAAGAAUAACAAAAGAAUGGAUCUCAUGGUUGGAGAUGAAGCAAGUGAAUUACGUUCAAUGCUGGAAGUUAAUUAUCCAAUGGAGAAUGGCAUCGUUCGGAACUGGGAUGAUAUGAAGCACCUCUGGGAUUACACAUUUGGACCAGAGAAACUUAAUAUUGACACAAAAAAUUGUAAAAUACUGCUUACAGAGCCUCCCAUGAACCCAACUAAAAACAGAGAGAAGAUCGUGGAGGUUAUGUUUGAGACAUACCAGUUUUCUGGAGUGUACGUGGCCAUUCAGGCUGUCCUUACUUUGUAUGCUCAAGGUCUGUUGACUGGUGUUGUUGUGGACUCUGGAGAUGGUGUAACUCAUAUUUGCCCAGUUUAUGAAGGUUUCUCUCUCCCUCAUCUCACCAGACGGUUAGAUAUUGCUGGGAGGGAUAUCACCAGGUACCUCAUUAAGCUCCUCUUACUGCGAGGGUAUGCUUUCAACCAUUCUGCUGAUUUCGAGACCGUUCGCAUGAUCAAGGAAAAGCUGUGCUAUGUGGGAUACAACAUUGAGCAGGAGCAGAAACUGGCAUUAGAGACCACAGUACUAGUUGAAUCGUACACGCUCCCAGAUGGCAGGAUUAUCAAAGUCGGUGGAGAACGGUUUGAGGCACCAGAGGCGCUCUUCCAGCCUCACUUAAUCAAUGUGGAGGGGGUUGGUGUGGCUGAACUGCUGUUCAACACCAUCCAGGCUGCUGACAUUGAUACCAGGUCUGAAUUCUACAAGCACAUUGUGUUGUCUGGAGGGUCCACUAUGUAUCCUGGGCUGCCUUCACGACUGGAGAGAGAACUUAAACAGCUCUACCUGGAACGAGUUCUGAAAGGAGAUGUGGAAAAACUCUCAAAAUUUAAGAUCCGAAUUGAAGACCCACCUCGCCGAAAGCACAUGGUGUUUCUGGGCGGCGCAGUUCUAGCAGACAUCAUGAAAGACAAAGACAACUUCUGGAUGACCCGACAAGAAUACCAAGAAAAGGGAGUGCGUGUGCUGGAGAAGCUUGGUGUGACUGUUCGAUAAAUCCCAAAGCUUGUUCCCAUCACGUCUAAAGCUUUUUUUCUUUCAUUGCCAAUCUCUGAACUCACUCAGCUACAUGCUAUGGAAAGGCCUGUCUGUGGCCUUUGACCCAAAGGUCAGGUUUUGUUCUGGUUUCUUGGGGUAGCUUUUGUUAAAUGUUUCUUAAUGUGGCUAAAUUUGACUAUUAAAUUUGACCACUUCCCCGCAAACAAAACAGAGCAAGAGCAGCCUGUCUACUUCAUUGUUCCUUCCCAGUAGGCAAUUGGGUAAUUCUGGUAGGCUUUUUCUUCUGGGUUUAUUGCUGUAGUCCUGCUAGCUUUUGUCUCUAGUUCACAAGGGGUUGUGUGCCUUUUUUAGCAUAAGAAAACCUUUAAACGGGAGCUUUUGCUAUUGGGUCAUUGUGGUGGUUAUCUUUGCAUCUUUUUGCCUCUCUCUACAUUAAGACUUUUUUUUUUUUUCUUUCCUGCAAUAAGGAAUUUUGAUUAAGCAUAGUUAGAAACUAGUUAAACUAGCUGGAAUGGCUUUAACACGCUGUGUCGAUGUAACGUGGUUCUGUAUGCCCUGCUGCCUACAGCUGGCUUCUGAGGCGGUUAAUCAGAAUCCUUCGAGGUGGUGGGGCUUCCAUACUGUAUUUCUCUAAGUGGGCAUGUACACAGUUGCCACAAACCAGGGAACACCGGAUAUUCUGGCAGAAGUAAAUUUGUGGCCUUAGAUGUCUUUAUUUUUAUUUCGGAGGGAGGAGACAGGUUUGAGCUGUGUUGCUUUUCUGUCAAGGGACGGCUGGAGGUCAGUCUGACCAAAAAAUGCCUCUUUUUGUAGCUACAUUUUGGUACCGUGUUAUCUCAGCAUAGGGAGCAAGAAUGUUACGUUAGCUGUUCUGUAACUGUUGAGAAACUUACUUAGAUGUGCUGAGAGAGGAGCCUCUGAACUUCGAAAGAGACUUAAUACUUUCAGAAAUGCUUGUGAAAACUGUAAUUAAAGAUAUUAAAACUCCCCAAACUAAGUUUUAAAAUGUUUUAAGUGCUUGUAUGUACAUCAGAAGCACUUGUAUUAAACUUUACAAGUAUAUUAACCUAGUGCCAAGUAGUUACUGCAAAUGAAUAUUUCAAUGACCGGUGUUUAUUGCGGCAAGCAGAUGUUUAUAAACAACCACUGGCAGUAGGUUAUAAAGAAUGACCUGUGUUUGCUCUAGUUAAAAAUAGCACUGGGAGAGGAGAUGUUGGUUGGUAAAUAUCCGCAACUGAUUUUGACCAGUCUUGAUUUCUUGGAUACUUUAGGUGGGAUGGGGAAGGAAGUGAAAACCAAUGGCGAGAAUGCUGUUUCCAGAAAGUACAUUAAAGCUGAGUUGUACUGAAAACUAGAAGUUGUCACUAGUAAUUAUCAGCCAUCUUCUCCAAGUAGAGUUGCCUGUAUUUGCUUUCCCGCUAGCAGACUGGUAACUGUCAGCGCAAUAAAAUCUGCCUUACACAAAGCAUAGCAAAAACUGCUCGCAUAUGAACACCAGUUAGAUUUAGUUCUACUUUGCUUUUCAUGGAAAUAUUACGUCACUUCUUACUUAGUUUUCCAAGCCUACCAUAACAUUUAAACGUGAGGAAGUUAAGACCCGCUUUUUGACUUCCAAACCUUGGAAUGUACGAGAUGUGCUUUCAUACACUUGCCAUUUGUCUACAUCUUUACAUUAAUAAUUGACCCCGGGAACGUGGAAAUAUUAAACUCCCUUGGAUUCUUACAAGUUGCUUUCUUUCUAAAUCCAGCAGACAGCUUCCUUUUGGCCAAGAGAGCCAAACAGGCAGAGACCGUGUCUGCAUUUCUUAAACAAGACAGAUGCUAUAGUAUUGCUAGUAAUGACCAUUUAAUUAUAGGUGGGUGGGGUUUUUUGCAGCUAUAUUUACUCUUAACUUGAACAAUAUGAAUUUACAGGCAUGCCGGCCAUGCCUCAGUGCACGCACUUAUGCAGUUACUAGAUUUUUGGGGACGUGAAUGUAAGGGGUAUUCUGAAUUCCUGUAGUCUUCUGAACACGUAAUACACAAGACUUAAAAAUGCUGUGCGCUUGCUUUAGAGCUAUGGUUUCUCAUGGGGCUGUCUCUGGGCUUUCUGGACAGCACUGAGAAUCGUGUAAACAAACCAAAGAAUGACUUAAAAACCUUCUUCGAAUGACAAUCUGCCACGUGAUCAAUUGUACAGAUCCAGACCUUGACCUGAACCCCUUUUCUAAACCACGUUCUCCCCUCUUCAUUGGCUUUGGUUAGGUAUGUGCCUGUCUUGAAUAAAGGUUUUGGAAUUUGGCCCUUUCACGAGAGAACUUCACAGCACCGUUAGAAAUAAAUGUCAGUUGAUUAUGCAGUAUGUUAGGAUUUCACGGAAACAGUGUAUUUAUUUGGAAGGGGCAAAAAAAAAAAAGGAAAGAAAAAGCAUAUUCAAUUACAGCUAUCCUGAAUUCAGAUGAAUACGAUAUCCACGUACUGAACGAAUGGGGUGUUCCAGUUGUGCUCAGUGUGGUUCUCUGUGUGUUAGCACACACGAGUGUGUGUUUGUUCUCUUGUUCUCUCAGCUGACAGCUUCACUAUUGAAGCACUAUAUGAAAGUAAUCUGGUUUUAACGUUUUUUUGUUUUUUUUAAAGACCAAAUAACUUUGGUUAUAUUUGCAACAUGCUUCAGCUCCUAUAAAAUUAGACUAGAAGAUGCUGCAUCAGUUGUAAGUUUUUUGGGACUAUCCUAUUUUUAAUGUUAAGCUGCUUCAAAACCCCUCCCCCAGUGUUCUAGGAUGUUAACCUAUGUAACACAAAUGGCUUUUUUAUACGGCUCUGAACAGCAUGUUAACACGCAGCACUGGUUGAGACCAUGAAUGGAAAUAAACAUCUAUUUAAAUUGACAGGUCUUUUCAAUAUAAAAAUAAAAUCAGAUUUUUUUCAAAGUA